CUCACUGACGUCGUGUUGAUUUUGAGCGGAGAAAUAAUUUAUUUAUAAAUUGACGCAAGGGCGCUAAAUCUAAAAUAAACCGUGAAUAAAAUGUGAAAAUACAUUAAAUAAUUUUGGUGAAGCAGCUGCACGCAUGAAAGGAUUAUGGCGCCCCGCUUACAGCUGGAGAAAGCGGCUUGGCGUUGGGUGGAGACGGUGAAACCAGAAGAUAUCAAGCAGGAGCAUAUCGAGCUAGCAUACCGCGUCAAUCUCCCGGCCUGCAAGAGAGGAACCUGCAGGAGGAACUGCAAAGGGAACCCCAAUUGUCUUGUGGGUAUCGGUGAACAGGCGUGGCUUGGGGAGAUUGAUGAAAAUGCUUUCCACAAUAUUGAUGACCCAAAUUCAGAGCGUCGAGACAAGAACACUUUUGUUGGCCUGACCAACCUGGGUGCAACAUGUUAUGUCAACACAUUCCUGCAAGUGUGGUUCCACAACCUGGAGCUUCGAAGGAGCCUUUAUCAGUGCCACAACUCCCGUGCACAGGAACACAAUAUUGAGUCGGACUACGAGCCUCAGUCCAUCUGUGAGCAUCUGCAGUAUCUGUUUGCUCUCCUGCAGAACAGCAACAGAAAAUACAUCGACCCUUCGGGGCUGGUCAAAGCACUGAGUCUGGACACAGGACAGCAGCAGGAUGCCCAGGAGUUUUCAAAGCUUUUCUUGUCGCUAUUGGAAGACACGCUGUCCAAGCAGAAGAACCCCAGCCUGCAGAAUGUCAUCCAGAGGCAGUUCUGUGGACAGUUCUCCUACGUUACUGUCUGUAACCAGUGUGGACGAUCAUCUGCUUUGCCGUCCCGAUUCUACGAGCUGGAGCUGAACAUCCAGGGUCACAAGAACCUCACCGAGUGUGUCACAGAGUUCCUUAAGGAGGAGAAGCUGGAUGGGGAGAACCGCUACUUCUGUGAGAGCUGUCAGAGUAAACAGAACGCCACCCGGAGGAUCCGACUGCACAGCCUUCCUCCAACCCUCAACCUACAGCUCAUGCGCUUUGUCUUUGAUAGACAAACAGGCCACAAGAAGAAGCUCAACACCUUCAUCAGUUUUCCAGAGCAGCUGGACAUGGGCUCUUUCUUGGAGGGAAAACCAGACCAGAAAUGUGUGUAUGAACUGAGCGCGGUGCUGAUCCACCGGGGCAUCAGUGCCUACUCUGGCCACUACAUCGCCCAUGUGAAGGAUGCUCGAACUGGCGACUGGUACAAAUUCAAUGAUGAGGAAAUUGAGAAAAUGGAGGGCAAGAAGCUGCAGCUCGGCAUUGAGGAGGACAUUGCUGAGACCGUGAAGUCCCAGACACGAAAGCCAAAGUGCAGUAAAGGCUAUCACUGCUCCAGAAAUGCCUACAUGCUGGUGUAUAAGGUCCAGGCAGAGGAGAAUUCCGAUCCCUCCAAGACCAACGUCGAGGUGCCAGCCUUCCUUCAGAGGUUGGUGGACCAAGACAACCACAAAUUUGAGGAGUGGUGCACUGAGAUGGCUGACAUGAGAAAACAGAGCGUGGAUAAGGGCAAAGCCAAACAUGAGGAGGUGAAGGAGCUCUACGAACUUUUACCAGCAAAAGACGGUGAGCCAUACGAGUUUAUCCCCCUGGACUGGUUGAAGAAGUGGCUAGAGGACUCUACUGCCACAAAAGAGAUCGACAACUCCGUCUUCCUUUGUUCUCACGGCAAACUGCACCCAGACAAGGUGGGAGACUCUAAGAGGGUGUCCCUGCAAGCUGCUCAGCUCCUCUACGAGCGCUACGGAGGAGGGCCGAGGCUUGACGCCUCUUCUCUGUGUAGAGAGUGUGUCAGCCAGAGAUGCAGAGUGUUGCGGCUCAAGAACCAGCUCAAUGAAGACUACAAGGAAGUCACUAACCUGGUCAAACGCACUAUCAGUGGCGAGGGCUGCUGGGUGGGCAAAGCAUCUCUGCGUAGCUGGAGGCAGUUGGCUUUAGAGCAACUGGAGGAGGACGAACAGGAAACCCAACAUAGCAAUGGCCAGACCAACGGACAGGGACCACACAACAACAGCAAAGGUAGGAGUGGUGGAUGGGGUUUUGUCUCCCCUUCUUUGUCUGUCUUUGAGGGUUUUUUUAAUCUGUGGAAACAGGAAAUUGUUUCACAUUGCGGUCUGAGUAUUUUGGGGAGACUGAACGUGAAGCUGGUGUGUCUGAAGUUUUGGACCAAGCUGAUUGUUGGAAUACUAUCCCCAAAGCCCCCAGAAUUCACCCAAAACCAACAGCCCUGUCAGCAGUGCCUGGUGAGUAAGCAGGAAGAAAAGGACAAUGAGGCUGUGAGUAAAAGAGAGGCCCUGGACCAGAAGAACCAACUACUCAACCCAUUCAAUGAGAAGAACCGCCAACACUUGCCAAAAUGGCCUCAGGGCACAGACGUACUCUACAUAGUCCCUCUGUUUUUUGUGGACGAGUGGAGAAAAUUCAUCAGGAGGCCCACUAAAUCAUCUCCGGUGUCUAAUGUGGGCAACACUCUGCUGCUCUGUCCCCACGGAGGCUUCAUGUUCACCUACGACUCCCUCAUCAACGGAGAUGCACAACAUGUAGCUCUGCUCUGGCCCAGUGAAUGGGAAGUGAUCAGCAGACUCUUCAUUGUGGACCAGCCGAUCUCCAUCCACUGCUUCAAAGAGACCACACCAAAUGGCCCCAGCACUCAGUACACCACUCAGCCUGAUCUCUGUUGGGACUGCAGAGAAAGCUUCCUUUUCCAGCAACAGAGGGACCUUAGAGAGUACACCCAAGCAACCAUCUACAUCCGCAAAGUCAUCGAAGACAAGAGGAUGAUGAAGGAGGCGGCUCCAGAAAUGAACGCCAGCAGCUCUGAGGCGGAGGAGGAGAAGGAAGAACAUCCAAAGAUGGAUGGAGAGAAAGACCCAGACUUCAGCCAGUCACAAGACGGUGCAAAGCGGCUAAAGUUGAGCGACACUAGCGCAGCAUCAGCUGCUGCAUCUCCUGCGACCAACGUGACCAAAGUAGGAGGAAUCAGGAGGAGCACCCGGCACCGGAAACUCCGAGGAGAGAAAGCGCUCAUCGUUUCAGCCAAUCAGACAUUGAAAGAGCUGAAAAUACAGAUAAUGCACGCCUUCUCCGUGGCUCCGUUUGACCAGAACCUCUCCAUUGAUGGGAAAAGUCUGACAGACGACUCGGCCACACUGGGAAGUCUGGGCGUCAUCCCUGAAAGCAUCAUCUGUCUAAAGGCUGAUGAGCCGAUAGCAGAUUAUGCUGCAAUGGAUGAUGUCUAUCAGGUGAGGAUGCCUGAAGAGGGAUUCAAAGGCACUGGGCUUCUCGGGCACUGAGGAAAGCUGUGCUGUAGCUAUGCUUGAAUUGGACAGAUGACAGUUGGACAUUUUUAAAGCAAAAAAAAAAAAAGCUUGAAUUGGUCAAGUGUCCAUAUAUAAAUAAGUGCUUUAAUUUGUUUUUUUUAUGUUUUGAGUAGGCUUUCUUUAAUAAAACUGUGACCAUGUUGCACAGCCGCUGUUUUUCUCUACAUAAGGUUAGCUGGCCUUUGAUAUUUAAACCUCCUAAUCAUUCUGAAGGACUGUGUGGUAAAACCUCUACCUACCUGACAUUUUAGAAUCUGGUCGAGGAAGCUCAGUGGAUCUGUCAGACUCUGAGGCUCAGAUAAGAUCUGCUGCUCCUCGAGAAAACGGGCUUUGUUUUUGACUGUUUUAUUUUAUGGCAGAAGAAAAAAUCAAGACAGUGUUCCUCCUUUCCAUUCUGUGGAAGCUUGUGUCCUCACUGCAGAGUUUUCAGGUUUGUCAAAAGAAUGCACGAGUAACUGUUAAGUAUUACAAAUAUAACUGCUCUUAAAUGUUAGAACAUUUAUUACCUCUUCAGCAAAUCUAUAUCCAUAUACUCCCUGUGGCGUCUAGAGAUACAUAGCUACACGGUAUGUAUAGAGGCUGACUCCACAAAGUGUCAGCAGUGCAAACCCUCAACAGCUGGAAGUGAGAAACAGAAUGCAAGCAGUGAUAUGUCCUGUUCUUUUCACUGUUAUUUCUUAUUGACAAUAAAGUUAUUUUCAAAGCACCCUGUA